UUCUCUGCUAACAAGUGUCUCUUCUCAGCUCAGCUGUCUCACAGUUUCAUCAAACACCCACUGAGAGGAGCGUCGUUUUGACUUGUUACGGAAUGCCUUUAGGGGGAGGAAAUAAGUGUGGCUGCUGCCAGAAACCUGUCUACUUUGCUGAGGAAGUGCAGUGUGAGGGAAAGAGCUGGCAUAAAUCCUGUUUUCUGUGCAUGGUGUGUAAGAAAAACUUGGACAGCACAACUGUGGCUGUUCAUGUGGAUGAGAUCUACUGCAAAUCCUGCUAUGGCAAGAAAUAUGGGCCAAAAGGCUAUGGCUAUGGAGGUGGAGCUGGCACGCUGAGUAUGGAUACGGGAGAGGGUCUUGGAAUCAAGCCUGAAGUACAAGCUCCUCAUCGCCCUACAAAUAACCCCAACUCCUCCAAGUUUGCCCAGAAAGCAGGAGGCUCAGACGUGUGUCCACGCUGUGGGAAAACAGUGUAUGCAGCAGAGAAGGUUAUUGGGGGAGGCAAUUCAUGGCAUAAGAGCUGUUUUCGCUGUGCCAAAUGUGGAAAAGGACUGGAGUCCACAACCCUUGCUGAUAGAGAUGGGGAGAUCUACUGUAAAGGUUGCUAUGCAAAGAACUUUGGUCCAAAGGGUUUUGGCUUUGGUCAGGGUGCAGGCGCUCUUGCUCAUUCCCAGUAAAGCCUGAAGCCUUAGCUCACCUGGGACUGACAUCUGGUGGGCUCCGAUAUCACAGCUUCUGGGAUCUCUCAGUCAACAUGAAGCUUAUUUCACUCUGCCCUUUCACUUUAGCUACAGGCAAUGAAAAAUGAAAGAAGCACACAUCAGCAGCUCUUUGAAAAUAUUCACCAAGCAAAGUCUGCUCCUUACUUGAUGUUGCAUUAGACUCCAGUGUAUACAACCCCAAGUCCAAAAAAGUUGGGAUGUGUACGUGUUAUAAAUAAAGAUGGACAGAAGUGAUUUGCAAAUCUCAUAAAUCUAUAUUUUAUUCACAAUGGAACACAGAAAAGGCAUUACAUGCUUAAAAUGAAGUAUUUUACUUUUUCAUUUUGAAUUUGCUGGCAGCAGCAUCUUUCAAAUAAUUUGGGAUCACGACAGCAAAGGAAGUGCAAACGUAAGACUAAAAAACACAAAGCAGUAAGAACAGAAAUUCAACAAUCUGGAAAACACUGCAUCCACAAAUUGAUGAUCAGCAUUCUGAAAUUUUACCAGAAAGUAAUAUACCAUCAUCAAAAGAUUGAGAGAAUCUGAAGAAAUCUGUGUCCAAGGGACAAAAAUGAAAAUCAGUACUGGAAUCAUGUGAUCAUCAGUAAACUCAUCGGGACGACAUUAAAAACAUAACGGUCAUAGAUAUCGCCUGCAUGUACUCAGGAACACCUCUAGAAACCAUCGUCUCUCAACACAGUUCACUGUGUCAUCCACAAAUGCAGGUUAAACCUCUAUUAUUAGUGCAAAUACAGAGUUUACAGAAACAAGUUCCAGACUUGUAUGGACCGUUAAAGGAAGACGAGUUGGUACACCGUGGUAAACACGGCCCUGUCACAACUUGCUUGGGACAAGGCUGUGACAUGUUUUUGCUGUCAGAUUCAAAAUGACCACAUUUUAUUUUAAAUUUGUACAUUUUCUCAGUUUACACAUUUGCU